UUGAAAUGGUUCGCGACUGGGAGGUGCAGUUGUUUAUUGCGAACCGAGCGUAGGUGUUCUGCAGAUUAUACCUGCAGGUUGGAGAGACAGGAGCAAGAUUAUAUAAUUGAGCAGCAAAGCAGAGAGAGGAGGAAAUAUGUACUGAUAACAGCCAAGACACUGCGAGCCUCUGUCCUGUCUCUUUCAAGCUUGAAGUCAGCGUCUGCUAAAAAAGCAACCUGGAACAACAACCAUUCAGGAAGAAGUCAAAAUCUACAGACGUCAGCACUGUUACAGAAUACAAGUCAACAAGCACCAGUUAUCCAAGGGGACACUGAUGAACCUGAUCCACUGACGUCUGACAUGGCCUCUCAACAACAUCAAGGGACUCAGCAGUACAUUUACCUCGAUGGAAAUAGCUUAACGACAAAACAGCUUGUUCAGCUUGGUGAAGCAUGCUACAAAAUCAAGCUUACCUCAGAAGCAGAAAGGAGGGUCAAUGAAUCGAGGGACCUUGUGGAAAAAAUCAUCAAUAAAGGACAAGUGGAGUAUGGAAUAAACACAGGUUUCGGGAAAUUUGCCAGGACUGUUAUCCCCCACGAGAAACUCAAACAGCUACAGGAGAAUGUUAUCCUCUCUGCAGCAGUAGGUGUCGGGGAUCCCUUGUCCCCAAAGAGGACCCGGAUGCUGCUGGCUCUCCGAAUCAAUGUCCUCGCUAAGGGUUACAGUGGAAUCUCUUUAGAGACCCUCGAUCAAAUAAUCCAGGCAUUUAAUGUUUCCUGCCUCUCCUACGUCCCAGAGAAGGGGACAGUCGGUGCCAGUGGCGAUCUCGCUCCCCUUGCCCAUCUUGCUCUGGGACUGAUGGGUGAAGGCAAAAUGUGGUCGCCCAAAAGUGGCUGGGCAGAUGCCAAAUACGUUUUGCAAGCUUAUGGUCUCCGGCCAAUUUCACUAAAAGCGAAAGAGGGACUGGCCCUGAUCAAUGGCACUCAGAUGAUCACGUCACUCGGUGUGGAAGCAGUGGAGAGAGCAACGGCGAUAGCCAGACAGGCAGAUAUCAUAGCAGCUAUCACUCUGGAAGUUCUGAAAGGCACCACCAGAGCCUUUGAUAGUGACGUCCAUGACCUCCGACCUCACCCAGGCCAGAUAGAAGUAGCUGCUCGGUUCCGGUCAGUCUUGCAUUCCGAUGUUCAUCCAUCUGAAAUUGCAGAAAGCCACCGGUUCUGUGGCCGUGUCCAGGAUGCCUAUACCCUUCGCUGCUGCCCACAGAUCCAUGGGGUGGCCAAUGAUACGAUCAGAUUUGUGAAAUCGAUUCUGGUGACUGAAAUGAACAGUGUCACUGAUAAUCCAAUUGUGCUUGUGGACAGAGGUGAAGUUAUUUCAUGUGGGAAUUUCCAUGGUGAAUAUCCUGCCAAAGCCCUUGACUACCUGGCGAUUGGUGUCCACGAGUUGGCAUCAAUUAGCGAGAGGAGGAUUGAGAGACUGUGUAACGCAUCCCUGACUGAACUGCCUGCCUUCCUGGUUAGUGAUGGGGGCCUGAACUCAGGCUUCAUGAUUCCUCACUGUACAGCGGCCGCAUUAGUGUCCGAGAACAAAGUGCUGUGUCAUCCAUCCUCUGUCGACUCUCUGUCCACCAGCGCUGCCACUGAGGACCAUGUCUCCAUGGGCGGAUGGGCUGCCAGGAAAGCGUUGAGAGUUAUUGACCAUGUUGAGCAAGUUCUUGCUAUCGAGCUCCUGGCAGCAUGUCAGGGCCUUGAGUUUCUGCGCCCACUGCACACAACAGAGCCAUUGGAGAGUGUCUACAAGCUGGUUCGCUCAGCGGUGAAGCCUUUAGUUAAGGAUCGAUUUAUGGCCCCUGAUUUUGAAUUUGCUCACAAGCUGCUGAUUGAGGAAAAGGUUUGGAAAACAGUACAACCCUACAUUGAACACAGUGGGUCACCUCAAGCUGCAGAAUAGACCGAGUACAGAGUCCAUUUGUUCCAUCGAUAGGUGUGCGCCCCUAUGAUAAAUACAACAUGAUCAGAAAAAUCAACAAACAGUGACGGAGGAUUGCAGCAUCUAAAAAGGACAAGUGAAGGGAAGCUGGACACCUCUUUUAGUUUGAAGUGAUGGAGACUGUUAGUCUCCCGUCACAGUAACAGAAUGAUGAUUCCUGAGAUUUUGCUUCUGAUUCCAGAUUCUGUUCCAGGUAUUAAUGUUGUUAAAAAUUCACUCGCAUUGAACAUAGAACAUAGAACAAUACAGCACAGGAACAGGCCCUUUGGCCCAUCAUGUCUAUUCUGACCAUAUGCUAUCCAAAACUAAUCCCAUCUGCCUGCUGUCUCUUUUCUCCUCCAAGGAACUUUUGUUUGCUUGAAGAUCCAAAGGGAGAACGUUUGGAACCAGGCAAGUGACUAAGCCGGCAUUUUGUCCAUCACUAGACCUCCGUGAAGGUGGUGGUGGACCAUUUGCUUGACAUGUUGCAGUCUGUGUGUGGUCUUGGCCCGCCCACUCAUUCCUGAUCUUCUCUCUUCCCUGUUUGCACAGGCAGACCCCAGGUUACAAACAACGCUCUGUUUUUGAGUAGGAUGGUAGAUCAGUUUCUAUGCAAGUCAAAACACAAUACCGCACGAUAUAAAACAGCAGUUCACAAGUACAAACAAAUGUUCACAUGUCAAAUCCUUAAAAAAAAUAUGGGAUCUUGUUCACAAGGACAAGUGUACAAACAUUCAUAAACUGGCAACCCCUUGUACUGAUGUUCACUUUUCUAUAAUUGCAGGUUAAAUUAAAUCAUAAUUCAGAUUUACCUUGUUUCUAUCCACUUGAAUAUCUCAUAUUUCCAGAAGGCCAGACUCAAUCACUAAUCUUUCAACAAUGAAGACCGUUGAGAUUCUAACCUUUCCUCUUCACUGUGACGUCUGACACUGGGGCUAUCUCAGCCAUUUUCUGCAACAGUCUUUCCCUUUGUCUUCCCUGUGUCUCCUGAUACUCCCAUUGGCACUCUAUAACAUCAGUCUUACACUUAUUAAUCUGUCAUUACUAAGACCUAUUUCCACCUCCCUAACAUUGUCUGACUCUGUGUCUGUGUCUGUGUCUGUGUCUGUGUCUGUGUCUGUGUCUGUCUCAGCCAAUCUAUCAAAACCCUUAUCCAGCUUUUCUUACCUCUAGUCUUGACCUUUCCAACACUCCCUGGUCAUACUUCCAUCUCUCAGUCUCUAUAAACUUCAACACAUCCAAAACACUGCUGCCCAUAUCCUAACGAAUCCCUGUCCUUGUUGACAUAUAUUGACUGCUGUUGAAAAAGAAUUUGCAUGUUAAAAUUCUUUGUAUUGAAAUCCCUGCAUGGCUCCCUCAUCCCUCUCCAGGUAUGUCAUUUCAUCUAUCACAUAAAAACCUGAGAUAUCUGCACUCUUCCAAUUUGCUCAUCCCUGAUUUUCAUUGCUCCACCAUUAUUUGCCGUACCUUCAGCUGCCGGUACCCUAAGUUCCAGAACCUCUUUUCCCAAUCUCUUCAUCUCUCUAUCCCUAUCCCUUUUAAAAAUUCUUAAAAUCUACCUCUUUGACCACAAUUUUGAUUUGAUUUAUUAUUGUCACAUGUACCUAGGUACAGUGAAAAGUUUUGUUUUGUGUCAAGUACAGGUAGAUCAUUACCAUACAAUAUGUAUUAGGGUAGUUGAACUGAAUGAAAAAUACAAUAUUACAGCUGCAGCGAAGGUGCACAAAGAACGAGAUCAACAUUAAAUUUAAAAUUUGAGAAGUGUACUCAGAAGUCUAAUAACAG